UAAAUACAUAAAUAAUUCCAUUCUUUCCCAUACAGUUUCUCCACAUCUUUUCUCCAUCCUUUCCAAAUCUAGCUAUGGAUUUCUUCUUUUUUUUCCUCUUCCUCAUUACUCUAAUCCCUUCUUCAACUUAUGCUGAUUGGCCACCUUCUCCUGGCUACUGGCCAAGCACUAAGUUCAAAUCAAUGAGUUUUUAUGAAGGCUAUAGAAAUCUUUGGGGUUCUUCUCAUCAAAGAGCAGACCAUGAUGCAUUAACCAUCUGGCUUGAUAGUACUUCAGGGAGCGGAUUUAAAUCGGUUAAGCCAUUUCGAUCUGGGUAUUUUGGUGCCUCGAUUAAGCUUCAUCCUGGCUAUACUGCAGGAGUUAUAACAGCUUUUUAUCUUUCAAAUAAUGAAGCUCAUCCUGGAUAUCAUGAUGAAGUGGACAUUGAAUUUCUUGGUACAACAUUUGGAAAGCCAUAUGUGUUACAGACUAAUGUUUACAUUAGAGGAAGUGGAGAUGGCAAUAUUAUUGGAAGAGAAAUGAAAUUUCAUUUAUGGUUUGAUCCAACCCAAGAUUUUCAUCAUUAUGCCAUUCUUUUGAGUCCCAAGGAGAUCAUAUUCCUUGUUGAUGAUGUGCCCAUAAGAAGGUACCCUAGGAAAAGUGAUGCAACAUUUCCAUUAAGGCCAAUGUGGGUUUAUGGUUCAAUUUGGGAUGCUUCAUCUUGGGCUACCGAAGAUGGAAAAUACAAAGCAGAUUAUAGAUACCAACCAUUUAUUGCAAAAUAUAAGAAUUUCAAAGCUGGCGGUUGCUCGGCUUAUUCUCCGGCAUGGUGCCGCCCCGUCUCCGCCUCGCCGUUCCGCUCCGGUGGUCUUACAAGGCAGCAAUAUAGGGCAAUGAGAUGGGUUCAAACUCACCACAUGAUUUAUAACUAUUGCUUCGACCACAAGAGAGACCAUUCCAAAACACCUGAAUGCUGGCAUUAAAAUAGAAUUACUUGUUUUGUGAUUUUAUUUUUUCUAUUUUUGGUCUUUUAAUGUUCUUUCAUUUAUAUUUAAAAAAAUAGGUGUCUUGAGAUGGGUUUUACUUUGCAACAUAAUGUUGAGAAAAAAAAGUAUAAGCGUCCAAGGCACCUAAUUGAAAAUUUGGAAUUUUUUCAUGGUUUAAUUUUCAAUUUUAGCCCUUUUUCUUUAAUAUUGUACAUUAAAUAGCUACAGAAACAUAAAGAGAUGGAGAAAGGUUGAGAAAUAAAUGAGAAAAGAGGAUUAAAUUGAAGGAGAGGGAUGGGGCCAUGAAAAGGAUUAUUGAGUGUGUGCAUUUGUGUUUUCACUAUCAUUUCAAUGAUUUCAUAUCUUAAUAAAGCAAAAGUUCUUUUGUUGUUGUUUCGUUA